AGCAAAAUGUAAGCUAGCUCGAAAACGAUAGACCGUCGGUACACCAGUAAAACUUUCACGCGUGCGGCUUUGCGUCGCGUACUUAUAUGUAUAGUUAGCAAUAGUUAGAUAAUAACAUUUCUGUUUUAUGAUACUUAUACUUAAUAUAUGUAUGUAUCCAAGCAGCAAUUGUCUUUACGAAUCACGUUUCUGCCAUCACUCUACAUCUUCGGUAUCUGCUGUUCCAUUGCAAUUUCCCAUUAACUUAUAAAUUUACGUGUAUUGUACACGUUCAAUACAAUGUGCAGUUACUAAUACAGUCGGUUAGACUCCGGGAUCCUGACAACGGGAUCCAAAUUAACGCUCAACGCUAUUUUGUGUUGCUCGAUAAUCAUUCUCCAAAAUGGACGGCGUAUUGGUGCUGCCCGCUCACAGACCCAUAUACGCCAAUGCGCUUUAUGAUCCGUUUGUCGUGGACGUGAAAACAGAAAAUGGUUCCGUUUGCCGUGGCUAUGUAUGCGGCACAGCUGGGAAAAAGGAAUUGUGCAUCAGACUUGGUUCCCUCGAAAAAAUCCAGUAUGUUCCCUUCAAUCGAAUAACUAAGCCGCAUCCAUGUAUGGAAACUCUUUCGCUGUCUGACGACGAUAAAAAUGUGGAAAUUUUACUCAGUCUCAACGAAAACCAGCCUGAGUCGUGGCAGCAAGCGCGCAUUUUGAAAAUCAAAAGAAGUCCAUCGUAUAAUCCAUCGUAUAGUCCAUCGUAUUCGGAGUAUGCCAUGGCAAAAGUGGAAUUAUGCGGCCCUCACGCUACUUCAAAACCAACAACGCUUAACAUUAUGAGCGGUUCUAGUAUCGUUUCCCAAAAUCUCCGCAGACUCGGGUUGCAAGGUACGCCCGUUACGGCCGACACGUUCCGUCAAGUUCAGAUGCCAAUGUUUGAACCGAGUGAACAGUUUCCAUAUCCGGAAGAGGUUAUUCGAAAGGCGAAACGUUUUCCAUGGUUCGGAAGUGAAUGGUUGUACAUGACCGGAACAAUGUUUCUGAACUCCGACCGUCACAGUAUUACCGUCCUUUUUGAAGGCUACUCGCACUUAAAUAUAAAAGAACUGAAAACAUUGUUGCAGACCGAAAAGCACCCUGGAGUGUUUCGAAUUCUGAGAGCGUUAACUUGGUUUUCAGAAGAAUAUCUUAAAAAGGUUUAUCUGGCCACAAGGAAUGUGUUAAACGGCUUGGUCAUAGCAGCGGAAAGCGAAGUGCUGAAGGUUCACGGCGAGCCUUCGUUCAUGCAAAUGCCUUUGGAACUGCACUUGUUAAUCCUGUCGGAAUUGGAUAUUUACAACCAGCAUUAUUUUAAAAGGGUUGGAAAAGUAUUUGUGGAUUUGUUAUCCUCCAAAUUUCUACGAAAGUGCGCCAUUAUUCCUGAUCAUUACCCCCGCUACUCUAAAAAGCAUAGGAGCUCUUCCACUGAUUAUGGCUUGCAUGAGGAUGGGUUUAUGCUGAACUACGAUUUAUCGCACGCAUUAGCCGACGACUUAAGCAUAAUAUAUCUAACAUGUCGUUGGGGUUACUCGAUGUUUGACUUCCUGGGUGUUUUCCACAGGAAACUCGACUGGUUUGUAAUAGCUCACGAUAAAGAAUUUUUUCUGGAUAAGUUUAUCAAUGUUCCAAACGAAAGACUGAUCUGGAAUUGCGAUGUGCUGACCCCACUCGCUUUUAACCAAAUUUGCCACCGUAUCGUUCUCAAAAACUGUUUAUUCGACAGUUCAUAUUCAAUUUGCUACAAAGUGCCAAACAGGAAACUAGAACCUAAUUACGACGACGCUCAUUGGAAAUUGAACUGCUCCCGCAAUCCAUUGUUUAUCCACAUCCCUUGUUGGUCGUACAGUUUUCCGCAACCAACUCAGGAAAGCUUCGAAUAUGCUAUUUGUGCGAUGUUGGAAAAAUUCUGUCCAAAGGUCACCGAGUGCCAAUUUGAUACGCUAAUGAGCUGGCUGGACACAUUGACGGACGAAGAGCUGAGGGACGGCCCGUAUAGCUGGGCGUGGCUGUGUGUGCCCUUUUGGAUAUGGCAGUUACCGUUUCCAGAAGAUAUCCACGCCCUACGCUUCCAAGUGCGCAAUCCAGAGACAAUUCCCUUACAAUUAGGAAAACUAGUGUUGCAGUCCAUGAUUCUUAUGUUACCGGCAUCGUAUUCAUCGGCUGAUUCAGGCACUGCAGCAAGCUUUCCAGUUAAUCCAGACACAACGUUAACGUCUAUGCCGAAUUCUACAGCAGGUGCAGAUAAUGCUGUCACGUCAUACGGAACCUUCAAACGUUUGCAUAUACGGGCAUGUAGACUAAAGAAACUGUCGAAGGAAUGGCUUCUUUCUGUAUUUAGAAAGUGAAAUUGGCAUAGCGUGGUUGUUUGAACUUCAUUAAUCGUUAAAAUUAUCUUGUUAAGCGUGAGAAUUACUUGCUUCUGUUUGUUGUACGAGGUCUUUGUUACUGCAACUUUGUGUCUUUAAGUUAAUUUUUGGCGUUCAAAGAGAACUGAAAUAUGUUGCAAACGAAUGCGUCCUUCAGUUCCUUGUUGUCUCAAAGCGUGG